UCUGCUCUCGAGCGAUGGAAGCAUCUCAACUAUGCAGUCAUCGCGCAAUAUCGUGGGUCAACCUUGGACCAAUUUUACUCGAACGGUCUAGAUAUUUUCCGUAGAAAGACAUCCGUGUACUUAUCAUCGACGUUCCCUAGGUUCGUAUUCCUUUAUCGCAUGAGCUUGUAACAAACGGAGAGGCACGAGAAGCAAUAAUAGCAGCUGCGACGGUGCGGACGCCUCAGGCGAAGACGCGAAGGAAGCAUUAGUGGUUGUGUUUCUGUUUUACGGAGGAAGUGCGAUUGUCGGCUCCGCUCAAGGUUUGAUAUGGAGUGUGUGUGGUGGGUUUGCGCCCUGGUGGGUUUCUGCACUCUCAUCUACGUAUGGCGGAAGAGGCGAUUUUCUUUGUUCAAGGACUUGGGGAUCCCAGGCCCGGAGCCCAAUUUAUUUUCGGGAAACAUGCGAGAAUUCGUAACGAAGGGUGCUGCAGCCUGUUACACACAAUGGAUAAAGGAGUACGGGGACGUUGUAGGAUUCUACAACGGAAGCAUACCUUUCCUCAUUAUCAAGGACUUGGAUGUUGUGAAGAGAAUUCAAAUUAAGGAUUUUGGCAACUUUCAAGCAAGAGGAGUUCUGUCACUCUUCGGCGUCUACAACAGAAGUGCAAGAUAUAGCGUUUUUAAUACUGACGCGGACAGAUGGAAAGAGUUACGAAGCAUGCUCACACCAACAUUUACGUCUGGCAAGAUGAAACAGAUGUUAGGCCUUCUGAAAAGCUGCACCAAUGAAUUCUUGGAAGCCCUUGGAAAUAAGGAAGGAAACCCUUUCAACAUCUACGAUGAUUUUCAAAGAUUAACCAUGGAUGUGAUCGUACGAGCGGCCUUUGGUGUCGAAAUGGAUUUCCAGAAAGGAGACGAAACUACAACCCAAGCGAGGCUCCUUGAGACAGCAAAGGAGACAGUGAAGCCAUCAAUCAUUCCAGGGAUCCGCCUAGUGAUGAACUGUUUUUCCGAGUUGGGAAUAUUGUGGCGCAUUUUCCUAUUCUUCUUCGGGUGGGCAUUCAAGCAACCCGUAGAGGACCUGACGGAGGAUAUGGAAACCAUCAUCCAAUUCAGAAGAGCCAACCCUCAAGCAAAGCGGGAAGACCUGUUGCAGCUGAUGCUAGACGCAAGCGUUGACAGCGACGAGGUAGUCGACGUCAAUAAACUUGAAGCGAGCUACGAGAAUGAUUCUGCUUCAACGGGAAGUACAGAUCACAGGAGCACUGCGCGAAAAAAGCGGACAUUGUCUAAUCGUGAAAUUCGGGCAAACGCCACCGCCUUCCUCAUAGCUGGAUUCGAAACAACAAGCACGGCGCUUGUAUUCACCACAUACUUGCUAGCAAGGCACCAGGAUGUGCAAGAAAAGCUAAGGAGCGAAGUUCUUCAAGCCAUGAGCAAAGAGGGCGAAUUCACUUACGAAGCUAUCUUCGGAAUGAAAUACAUGGAACAAGUCUUCUGCGAGUCAUUACGGUUUUACCCUCCAGUGGUUGGUUUCACGACAAGAACGGCCUCCACAGAAUACUGCCGAAAUGGAGUGCGGAUUCCGGGAGGAGUUGGCGUCGUCGUGCCCACUUACGACCUUCACCAUGACCCAAAUUUUUGGUCAGAGCCAGAUUCGUUUGAUCCAGAAAGGUUCGCUCCAGAAAAGAAGGCUGCGAUUGAACCAAUGGCCUACCAGCCGUUUGGGGGUGGUCCCAGAAAUUGCGUUGGAAUGCGCUUUGCUCAGUUGGAAGCCAAGCUGGCACUCGCAAAGAUGUUGGCUAACUACAGGAUUUACCUCGAUGAGAGCCACCACAAGGGUCCUCUCCAAUACGGCUCUACAACGAUACUUGCUCUUCCGAAGGGAGGCGUUUGGGUUCGUGUGGAGAAGCUCUCCUGAAUAUGACGCUGCCGCGUGUGGAUUCCCUUGCAAGUCUUAACCAGUUUGUCAACAUAGAAUCGAAGGCAUCAUCUAUCGCUAUCAUACAUCGCCACUGAAUGCAACGAAUUAGAAAGGAGACACUGCGUAACUACUUUUGACAUAUCGAAAUGUACGAGGGUGGUUCAAUAAAUAAUCUUCAAUCUUGAAA